AUGGCAGAGAAUCUGUCCAAGGAUGUGUGUAGGAUGUGGCCGUGUGUGUUACUGUGGAGUGUGUGUGUGCUGGUGUCGCUCUACGCUCUGUACAGAUGGCUCAUCCCCGCUGCUGUGUAUCGCCACGGACGCCUGGCUCUGCUGUGGCACGAUGUGUGUGUGGAGAAGGCACUGGACUGGCUCACGCGCUCCUCACGACCUGAGCGUGUGCUGAGGUCGGUCCAGAAGGGGGCAGUGCGGGGCGAUGCCCAGAGCGUUCUCUCCACCAUGGACCGCUUCAGCCACCACACCGAGUGGGCCAUGCACAUCGGAGACGAGAAGGGUGCUAUCCUGGACUCUGUGGUGAGUGAGGUGAACCCUGUGCUGGUGCUGGAGCUGGGCUCCUACUGCGGCUACUCCACGGUGCGGAUCGCGCGGCUGCUGCCCCCUGGUGGACGCCUCAUCACGCUGGAGCUCAACCCCGACUACGCCGCCGUCGCACGACAGGUCAUCGAGUGGGCAGGGCUACAGGACACAGUGCAGCUGGUAGAGGGGGGGUCUGGUGACUGGAUCCCGCAGCUGAGGGAGCACUUCGGGGUGGUCAGCUUUGACUUUGUGUUCCUGGACCACUGGAAGGACCGCUACCUGCCUGACCUCCGCCUCCUGGAGGACUGUGCUCUACUGAGGAGGGGGACUGUGGUCUUGGCUGAUAACGUCAUCUGUCCCGGCACACCUGAGUACCUGGAGUACGUGCGCACAAGCCCCGCCUACCACAGCAGCUUCUACUCCGCCCACCUGGAGUACACACAGGCUGCAGACGGCCUGGAGAAGAGUGUGUACCAGUAA